AUGGAAACGAGGGCCGGCGGAAGGCUUUCCAGCCACAAGGAGUCCGUUGAAAUUUGCCCCCAGGGAUUACUGGUGUUCACCGGAACUUCGGAACGGGACUCGAACUUGGCCAAGCAGUUCUGGAUCGCGGCGUCGAUGUACCCUACUAACGAAUCUCAGUUGGUGCUGUCCCGAGGUAGCAGUCAGCGCCUGCCGGUGGCCCGGCCCUCUAGGCGCAGUCCGCCUGAGACUACUGAUAUCACUGCUGAAACCAUAAAGAUUCAGGAAUCUGAGGAGAAAAAAAAGUAUCUCCAAAAGCGUAGCCCACUCUGUACCAUUGGUUCUCCACCACUAGGCCAGGGUACACUCUGGAUCCUCCCCAUAUGUGCUAUCAAAGUGGUGAGUGGGUAA